AUGGCUUCCACACAGGCGCUCAACGCCGCCGCGAACGACCGAAAGGCGCGGCUGGCACAAUUGAAAUCACUCAAACGCAAGCAACCAGAAUCAGACGAGCAACGAGAGCAUAUCGAGCCAACAGCCCGAGUGUUCCAGGAUGCCAACACUACAGCGCCCAAACCGACCUACCUCUCUGGCCGCAACUACGACUCAGAAUCCCGGGGCGCAAAACUAGGAUUCGAAUCUGCUCCCUCAGAAGGCAAGCAGACACUUGAGAGGAAGGCCGAAGCGCUUGCGCUCGAGACCAAGCGGCAGACAGACGAGGAGGAGAAGGCAGAUAAACCUUUAGAUCUCUUCAAACUCCAACCGAAGAAGCCUAAUUGGGAUUUGAAGAGGGAUCUGGAACGGAAGCUGGAAGUCCUGAAUGUCAGAACGGACAAUGCGAUUGCGAGGCUUGUGAGAGAACGCAUUUCGAAUCAGCGGGUAGCCGCGCAAGCUAGGACCGCAGCAGCCGCUGGCACGACGAAUGGGGGUGGAGGAGAUGACGAAGCAGCUGGGAUUGAAGGCACUACUCUUGUCGAAGCGACGAACGUGCGCGAGCGCGAGGAUGAAGAGGAAGCUCGCCGGGAGCGUGAAGAGGAGGAGGGGCUCUUGGAUGGCAGCUGA